AUGGAUUUUAUCGCCACAGGUUUGGCCAAGUUCCCCAAGAUGUUUGGUCUCAAGUGCGAUGCUAAAGGAUAUUUUCCCCAUCAACUUAAUACACGUGACCAUCAGAAUGUAAAGAUGUCGACUCUGCCAGAUAUUAAGUACUAUGGUCUUGAUGAUAUGAGUCCCUCAUAUGCAAUGGAUGUGGAGACAUGGCACAGGAAGAAUAGGUUUACAUCUCGGUUUGAUCUACAGGAAGAAAUGAAACGGUACUGUAUCAAUGACGUGGUUAUACUGCGUGAAGGGGUGAAGGUGUUUAUCGACGCUUUUGUUAAGCUCGGGCGCGUGCAUCCUUUAGGUAAUUUAACUAUUGCCGGUGCGUGUAUGAGCGCGUACGAGAGCACAUACCUGCCAAAAGAGAUUACGAUUGAGCAUACACGACCCAAGCCCGUUGUACAGACGAGCAAGGAGGCCGUUACGUUUUUCAGCGGGUUGAACCAGAUGAUUAUUACCGGUAUGUCACCCACUGUAUGCUAUUUCAACAACGGACAUGACGAGGUGACUGGGUGCAAGGGGUGGGGGUAUGGUAUACCUCUGAACGCAGAUCUGUAUAGGAACGCCAGGUAUGAAUACCGUGUGACUGUGGGAGAGAGGACGUUCAUCGCCGAUUGUUACUUGCCUGCUGCCGAUGGAGAGUCUGGGCCUGGUACUAUUAUAGAGUUCAACGGGUGCUACUGGCAUGGGUGUCGUGACUGCAAUAUCCAUGUGUACAACGAGGGAAAGGGUGAACAUGAAAGAAGGUACGUCAACACCUUGGAAAAGGAGAUGACAAUCAGAGCUGAAGGGUUUGAAUUUAUACCUGUAUGGGCAUGCAAGGCCCGUAAGUUUAUUCAGUAUUGGACACAGAAUAAUAUAACCGAUAUGGUAGGACCGACACUACGUAUCGACCCCCGAGAGAGUAUGGCUGGAGGGCGGACCGAGCCGUUUGCAAGCCUUGUGGAGGUUGCUGGGAAUGGACGGUGCACGCUACAUUAUGUAGACUUUACCAGCUUGUAUCCAUAUGUUAAUGCUUUCAAGGAGUAUCCUUGCGGACCGAUGACAACGCUGGUCAACAGGGAACGUGGUAAGUAUUAUGAUCCUGCCGUGGAGAACCUGAAGGUUGUUGACCACGGGCUACACGCAUACGACCUGGCAGAGUCUGAUUGGAUAGGGUUUGCCAUGGUAAAGGUACUUCCGCCAAAGGAUCUGCUCAUUCCCGUGUUACCGUAUAAGAGCAAUCGUCCAAAGAAAUUGUUCUUUGGGCUCUGUGCUGCGUGUAUGCUCAGGGCUGCCAAAUUCGAUCCUGAUGUUGAAAUGUUUCAGGAUGGUGACAGUAUUAAUGACCAUUUGACACGUGCGGGUAUGGCGGAUAUUGAAAGGGAGACGUUGUUUGAACCAUGUAAUCAUACAGACGAGGAACGUAGCUGGAUUGAGACGUACACAAGCGUGGAUAUCAAGCUAGCGUUGGAGUACGGGUCGAAGCACCGAGCUGUUUAA